GAGUUAAGUAGGCAACUCUUUUCUUUCCCUUCCCUUUUGCUUUCAAGAAAUUGACAGCGUUCUGACUUCUUCGCAAAGCAACUUUCAGAUAGAUGUUUCUAAUUAGUCGCACCCCACGGUACGCACGUUGCGCUAUUAUCCAAACGAAACCGAUAUUUUCCUAAUAAAUAUUCUCAACUAUCCACACCUAGUUGACACCCACCGACCACUGACCACCCUCACGACCACCAUCACCAAUCCCAUUUUGCGUACCUACGUCGACACAAUAAUCCCAUGGUCGGAACCCGAGACGGAAGCCCUUUGGGCAAGAUUUCUGUGUUCUGAUCAUCAUAAUAUUAUCUCGUAACUCACCGCCGACUUACCUCGAUUCCUCUCGAUCUCAGGUUAACUCCGUCUGGCCCGCCAUGGAGCCUAAUCCCGAAUUCCCUAAUACGAUCGAGCGGCGGCGACAGUCCGCAGCAAAAUCCGAUGCUAUACCUGAAUCUUCCGCGCUUGGAGCUAGGCUUCCAGGCAACGACACCUCCGUCGAUCCCGAUACCUGUCGAAUAUGUAGGGGAGAGGGUACUACCGACGAGCCGCUUUUCUACCCUUGCAAAUGCAGCGGCAGCAUCAAAUACGUUCAUCAGGAUUGCCUGAUGGAAUGGCUAUCGCAUUCACAGAAGAAACACUGCGAGCUUUGCAAGACACCGUUCCGAUUCACCAAGCUAUAUUCGCCGGAUAUGCCGAAGCGCUUGCCCUUCCACAUUUUCAUCACCCAUAUGGCCAAAUAUCUGUUUCGAAAUGUGCUAGUCUGGUUGAGAGCCCUCUUGGUCAUCAGCGUAUGGCUGGGUUGGCUCCCGUAUCUCAUGCGCUCGGUUUGGUCUUUCUUAUUCUGGAUUAGCGACGAAGGGUUUGGUCCUAACACACCCGGCUUCAACGUUCGUAACAACAGUUCAUUGAACCGGGGUGAUAUAUCUGCUUCUUUCUCCGUCACAGGCACUACCACGUGCUCUUCGACUCCUCUGCUACCUGCUACGACCACUGCUGCGAGCGUACGAGAUCUCAUCGAGAAAAUCCCCCUGUCUAGCUUAUUGAAGACUCUUUCGAGGCCUGUCAAUGCCGCACCUUCAUCGUGGCUUGCUACUUUGUUAGGUCUAUCUACUACCACCGACAAACCAUCCUCGAUCGGCAAAGAAUUUUUAAAUGUGACGCAUGUCAACCACGUUACCAUCUCGCAGACCAUUCAUCGCCCGUCCUCUCUUCUAAGCGAUGUUGCCAUCUUGAAGAAUUUCACACGGCAUCCUACUAUCAACCGGACCAUUAUUGCUAUACUCGAAGGCCAGAUUAUCACUUUACUUGUUAUUGUGUGUUUCAUUUUGAUUAUUCUGGUUAGAGACUACGUGGUGCAGCAGCAGCCAGAAAUAAACAUGCGCGCCGCUUUUGCAGCGGCGGAAAACGAAGCGCCUCCCCUGGUUGGUCUCGUCAAUGACCCCGUGCCACGCCAUCCGCAGAUUGAGGAUAACGAGGAUGGAGAUUCGGAUGACGAAUCUGUCAGUUUUCGAGGUGACUUGGUAGGAGCACCUAACGGUGAUCAGGAAGAGAUGUACCACGCAAACCGUGCGCGAGAUGCUAUGGGCCCACAGGAUCCUCGUCAAAGGCCCAUCGCCGAAUUUCGACGUCGUGCGACCAGAGUUGAUGCCGAAACUAAACAAGACGAAUGGCAAGAGAACCGCGGUCGUGCUACAUUGCCGAGCCACGAUGUUCGUGCUGCAGAAUGGAGCGAAGGAACCGAGGCCGGUACGUCACGGCAAAGUUUCGUCGAUGAAGCGCUUUCAAACAGUUUCGAUCGGGUUAAUAGUCUAGAAGAUGGAGAGGCUACAUCGCAGAGUACAGUCAAGGAAUAUCUGCGGAUAUAUCGGGAAGCGGGCGGAGAUCAAGAUAAAAUACUUCAGGUUAUUCGAGACGAAGGGCUCGAAGACCGCAUGCGAUACUGGACCCGUGUUACGCAAUCAAUGGCGACUACUGGAAAGGCUGCCAGUAAUACAGACGCUGGAGAUGAUGUUGGGGAUUACACAGCAAUCGCCCAACCCGAACGUCGCUCGAGCCAAUCUCUUAUUCGGUCGGAUUCUUCUCGAGCCGAAAGGACAAGUAGCGACACAUCAAGUUGGGCAUGGGCGGAACAUGAUGAUGGAGAUGGUGUGGCUAGUCAGGGCUCUCGUGAUAAGGGAAAGGGCAAGGAAAUUCAGACUCUCCCAAACGAGAGCGAUUCUUGGACGUCAUGGGGAGGUGAAUUUGGUGAUGCCCCACCACAUUCCCCUCUUAACGAGGAUGAUAAGAUUUGCAGCGAUGACGAUAAAGAGGAUGAGGAUGUAUCGUCUUCGCUCAUGGCGGCCGUGACGAGACGCCGGGCUAUUUCAGACGGCCCACAGCCCCCGACAAAAAUCAAUCCGCUCGCAAACAAUAACUGGUCUUUCUCCAAAUUACCCUCUGAUACAUCAGACGUAUCCCCCGAUGAGCCGUUAAGAGCGACUGAUUCAAAUUCUGCUACUUCGAUUUUUCACCCUAGGCCACUAGUUGUAGAUCCAUACGAGCAUACACAUGAUCCUAGGACAUCAGAGCCGAGCGCCCCUAAUAGCAACGUUGUUGGUAGUGAAGCUCAAGGUCUUGAAUUCUCACAAACGGGCUUUAGCAUUCCAGAGGAUACAGAACGCGAGGUAGAGAGUGGGGUCAUAGUGUAUGGUCCAACACAAGAUGGCCGCGUCGAGCAUCCUGUCGGGAUUAAUGGGCAAGGUCACGACCAUGAGCCUGCUGGUCCUGCGAUUCGGCCUGCUGGUGGCAUCGUCGGCCGCGUCGCUGAUUUCAUGUGGGGAAAUGUCGAAAUUGGUCCUGCAGACGACGUCGAACCCGAGGAGGCUGUUGACAUUUUUGGCGACAAUCAAAAUGCUCCAUUUUUCGAAAACGACCAUGAUAUCGAAAGGGAAGAUGAUGGCGAGGUUAAUAUGGCCCCAGAUGUCGUUGAAGCCGCCGUCGCAGCUGGCCUCGAUCCCGAAGCUGUGGACGACGCUGAAGAUUUUGAAGGAAUUAUGGAAUUAAUCGGAAUGCGCGGCCCAGUUGCUGGUCUAUUCCAAAACGCCAUCUUCUGCGCCUUUCUCGUAUCAAUCUCCAUAUUUCUCUGCGUAUUCCUCCCUUAUAACAUUGGUCGUGUGUCUGUCUGGAUUAUUGCGAAUCCGACACGUCUACUCCGUAUUGUCUUUGGCAUCUCCAAGUUCGUACAGGAUGGUGUUUUACUAGUUGUCGGCUACACUUCUACGGUCGCCUUUACCUUACUCGAAUGGGCUCGGGUACUUCUUCGAUUGGAGCAAGGGAAGCAAUUGAUGCACAGCCUAAAAAUCGACACAAGACACGUUGCCGCGAGCGCCCUCGAUCGUAUUAUGACUAGUUUCAUGUCCGAGAUGCCGUUAAUCUCGGUCAGUGAGGUGCGUAACUUUUCAGUCAUCAGCCAUGAGGCUCUCUUGACGGUCAAGAGCGAUAUCCAAUACGCUCUUUCAUCCACGGGUCGCCUCAUUGCAUAUCUCUUUGGUGGUAACUAUUUGGCAAAAUGGGACCAGGCUAAGUCUUUCAUUACCAUUUUGGCCCCUGCUGUGUUCCAGCUGCUUAAGUCUAUUCCCGGCGUGGUUACCCAACCUGGAUCGUGGAUGUUGAAUCUCAACCUUUCCGAAACAUCAUCGAUGAAUCCUAGUCUCGCCUACUGGGAUGCGAAUGAUAGGACGUGGGCUAUUAUCGCCGGGUACGUUUCCGUGUCUGUCAUCGCCGGGCUCUACCUUGCUCGAGGAAUGCCUUUCUCCACGGGACAGACCGGCCAAGAGUGGGAGGCCUCGGCUAUCGAUGCGCUGAAUCAGGCUAGUGGUGUGAUGAAGGUAAUCCUGAUCAUUAGCAUAGAAAUGCUCAUAUUUCCUUUGUAUUGUGGUCUGUUAUUGGACUUCGCCCUACUUCCGCUAUUCGAGGGGACAGGCGUCCGAUCUCGUCUACUAUUCACCUACAAUUACCCCCUCACCUCUAUCUUCGUUCAUUGGUUUGUUGGUACGGGUUACAUGUUCCAUUUCGCCUUGUUUGUUUCCAUGUGCCGCAAGAUCAUGCGAAAGGGCGUUUUAUACUUCAUUCGUGAUCCUGACGACCCCGAAUUCCAUCCUGUUCGUGAUGUCCUCGAGAGGAAUGUCACUACGCAGCUCCGUAAGAUAUUAUUUUCGGCAUUCGUCUACGGAGCACUCGUCGUGAUUUGCCUCGGAGGCGUGGUGUGGGGCUUAUCUCUCGCUCUGCCCAACGUCCUUCCUAUUCAUUAUUCAUCCAACGAACCUGUCCUGGAGUUUCCUAUCGAUCUCCUCUUCUAUAACUUCUUGAUGCCUCUCGCUGUGAGGUUUUUUAAACCCAGCGAUGGCCUUCAUGCUAUGUAUACGUGGUGGUUCCGUAAGUGCGCCAGGACUUUACGGCUAACAUGGUUCCUCUUUGGGGAGCGGCGCGUAGAUGAAGAGGGUGUGUUGGCUUUGGCUGCAAACUCCCCGUAUCAAAACUUUCCUUGGUGGUAUCGAUUCUUCCUUGAAGUUGACGACCAAAAUGAAGUUGGGCCGAAGACAUGGAAUGAUGCGUUUAGAGGAGGCAAAGCGAAGCCUAUUUCGAGGAUUCCGGUUGAUGAAAUGGGUCAACUAGAUGCGAGGAAGAAACAUCUAGUCGAGUCUGGGCAGCUAAUUCCUAAUGGACGCUUCGUGCGAUCUCCGGCAUCGGAUCAAGUCAAAAUUCCAAAGGGUCAGUCGGUGUUCCUUGAUGUAUCGGAGCACGAUAUCAGGAAGGACGGUAAGCCAGAUAGGCCAGAAACGGAUCUCUAUUCGGGCGAUAACUACCAGUUCGUCUAUGUACCUCCCUGGUUCCGCGCACGCGUCUUUCUGUUUAUCUUCUUCAUAUGGAUAUUUGCGGCGAUUACUGGAGUCGGUUUCACGAUCGUGCCGCUGGUAUUCGGUCGCCGGAUGUUCAAAGUUCUCAUCCCAUCCCACAUACGAACAAACGACAUAUACGCCUUCAGCAUCGGGAUAUACAUUCUAGGCUCUCUGGGUUAUUUUGUCUUCCACUUAAGUUCUAUGCUUGGGAAGCUGAGGGCCUGGGUAGUAUCGACGGUGGACUCGAUAUUGGAUCGUCACGCCAUCCAGCGCGCUAUUCAAUUUGCCGUUCACACAAGCCGUUUGAUGUACACUUACGUAGUUCUGCUCCUCGCCUUCCCACUCCUCAUCACGCUUUUAGUCGAGCUUUACUUACUAAUUCCAUUACACACGUACAUGUAUCCCGUCGGGACGGAAACCGCUAAGCGGUUCGAUGGCUUACGGGAAGGUCACACCAUACGAGUUAUACAGGCUUGGACUCUGGGUAUAUUGUACCUUAAGCUCGGUUCUCGAGCUUUGACAUUAUAUGGCGGUAGACCUGCGCAUGCCGUGCGAGCUGUCCUUCGUCGCGGCUGGCUAGAGCCCGAUAUUGGCGUUUUGACGCGCGCAUUUGUCAUCCCGGGGGCCAUAGCGUCAUUUAUCAUGAUUGUUAUGCCGCCGACCGUUGCGUGGGCCGUCUUACACCAUGCUUUGGAUAUCGAUGCAGGAAUUUCCCACGAACAACGAGUCCUGAUUUUCCGCCUUGCUUACCCAGCCAUGGCACUGUUCUGGGUUGGGCUGCUUAUGGCACGAAGAAUUUAUCGCAUAUUUGAAGGAUGGCAAGUCCGAAUAAGGGAUGAAGCGUAUCUUAUGGGGGAACGACUUCAUAAUUUCGGCGGAGCAGCCUCCAAAAUAUCGAAUUGGAGAGGUAGCACGAGGCUAUGAUAGUUGUUUUUUACCCUUGACAUGCAAAUACAGCGUAUGACGUAUUUAAACGUAUUAGUAUGAAUCGAUAGCAAUAGACACUGUGGUGCCAUUAUCCCCCGGAUGCGAACUGGAGAUUCGGUGAUAUUCAUCUGUCUCGUGAAACUGGGGAUGGGGUUUGUCUCCAUUAUCCACACAUGUGGGUGCUAAUAAUCCAUUUAUAUGGCGUACACUGGAUCUGAGAGAUUACAUGGUACUGUAAUGUAAUAGACCACUGUGGAACCAUGAAAGCCCC